AUGGAGCCUACGCCUCGCCCCUCAAGAUCAUCUUCCACCUCUUCUCGCAACAAGUCCAAUCUCAGCCUUGAUCUCUCUGACCUCCCGCCGCUGAUCCCACCCACUCCUCCGUCCAACACGCUCCUCUUCACCAACCUCAACAACCUCGACAUCUUCCUGCCCGAGAACCUGCAAGAAAUCCGCGGCCUCAUCGAGAAAGUCUCACCCAUCCACUCGUUUGCGCCACUCAAAUCCUUCCGUCGCAUCAUCGUCUCCUUCUUCGACAUCGACUCCUCAUUAGCCAUUCGUCAGAUCUGGGACGGAAAGGCCAUCAUGGGCGAGCGCAUCAGACUCUACUUUGGCCAGCCCACCCCUAUUGAGGUCCGGCCAGAGCAUCUCGAACUGCCCGACGCCGGCAAGCUCUUCUUCAUCUCACCGCCCGCGAGCCCUCCUCACGGCUGGGAGAUGCGCCUGGAAGAUGCGCCCAACAAGCAGGUCCAUGCCGAUGACCUUGCUGAGGCUCUGGCUAAGCUGCACCACCGCCCAGUUCCUGUUUACGACUCGCCCGUUACUCCAACCGACGGUGGCGUCCCGCACUUUGGCACCCGGAGUCGCAGCUCGACUCUGAUCUACAAGCCUGACGCGCAGACCAGCCCUGGCAUUCCCGCCGUGUUUGUCGAGGACAUGACUGACGAGCCGAUUGCCAUGAGCCCGCUUGAUGUUGCCAAGCCCAUCAUGGCUCAAACUGCGCGACCUCCUGUCGAGCUGAUGAACGAUUUGUAA